AAAAAUCCGUCGCGGGUGCGUGUGUGCGUUUUUGUUUUACAAACUUACGUACGUAUAAACAUCUUUUUUUUUAUUUACUAUGAGAUUGUACGAGCGGCAUGAAAACGUGUCAGAAAACAAUCCGUUUUAUAAUGUGCCAAUGUAUACAUGCGAAUUGAAUGCGCAGUAUUAAAAUAUACUGGUACUGAGAAAUACGAAAAGUAUAUAAAAUUGAAGUGUAUAUCAGUGAAUUGUACAGCAAAGUUAAAGUGAAAUUUAUGUAAUUACGUUACACAAUUCACACAGUAUUAAAAAAAAAUCGUUCCCUGAAUAUCUUAAUAUAGAAAUAACAAUAUAAAUUAAAAUUGUACCUAGAUUACAAAGUUGCAGAAAUAAAAAAAAAAAGUCUAAAAAAAAAUGUUGAAUUUAACGGUUGAAAACGACGUAACAUGAGAUAAAAUUUCUAUGACGAUUUAUAUAGAUGUACAUCCCGAUGACAGCAGAUAACAGGGAAAUGAACUCACACAACUGUUUUCUUUAUAAACACAUCAUACAAGUUAAGAACUUAUUUAUGGGGCAGUCACUGUAAAACUGGGCCACUUUAUGAUCCAACAAACAUCCAUGUCCCGUCAAGUGUUUUUUAAUUGCGAAUUCCACUUGCACUCGGCACCGGUAGCAAAGCCGUUCAUGUGUAAGAACUUCGAACAACAAUACGAUGCUACGAGAAGAAUCCAACAUGCCGUGGGCAAUAUCUGGACUGUUCAAUCUAUUCCGAAGGCUCGGACCAGUCCUGUUCACAACUGGAUUGUUGUUAGUGACGUGUUAUGGACAUGACGUCAAUAUUACAGUGACGUCAUCACCGCAAAGUAUUAUCUCUAGAACGAAUCCUACAGGAUUUGAUGCAAUCAACGAAGGAAAGCUACUACAGGACAACAGAAGCUUGCAGACGCUAGCGCCGUCUCGACAGAAGAACACACCGCGCGUCCCAGUUGCCUACAGAAUAUCAGACUGCGGCGAGAGGGGAAGAACAUCAAACAUGAAAGGCGUCGCAGUUUCUGGUACACCACAUCAGAACAUUCGCCACAACAAACAACGGCGUCGUGGUAAAGGUCGAGGGAGAGGCAAGGGGAAAGGCAGACGUCGCCACAACAAAUCCAGGUCAAAAGUCGGAAACUCUUCUCACCAACAUAGCCAUAUUCGACGUAACUUGGAGAAGCAAGUGUUGGUUAGAAACAAAACACUGGAAUUGCUUGGUGGAGGUGCAAGAAUACUUUGGGCAAACAGCGGAGGAAAUAACACUAUUCUUCCAGUGUCAAAUGGAAUUUCUUCUGAUAGAAAUCAUUUAAACUCUACGACACUUUUGCGGAAUACAAAUUUGACACGGGGUUCAAGGGAGAAGGAUAAGGAACGAGACAACUUGGCGGGAUUACCAGUUAGUAACAGUAGUUCUGAUACGGUGGUCGAGGUAAACGGAAGGACGAGGAAAUCUCAUGUACCUUUCCCUGCAUCAACUCCAGUAUCUGGUAAAAAGAUUCGUGAAAAUGUGACUAAGUCUCGAGGUAUUUCCACAUUUCAGUUUCCAGAGCGUUCAGGAAGUGUCAGUGAGUUCUCGACUAGAGCAAGUGUUGAUAGUGACAGGACAAGCAGUAUUCCAGUCCCCGUAAGGAUUGGUAUUAAUGACACCGUGAUGACAGAAUACCAGUAUGAUUAUGACACAAUUGAGGCUCCUGGUGUAGUUGAAUCUUCCGUCUGGUUUAACCCCAAGGAGUCUAGAAAUGAAAACGAAAGGAGGGGCGUGUCUUCAGGUGGUGGAAGUUUAGAAACUGGGCCAAUGCAAGCUGCUGUUGGUAUAACCCUGGCCAGAGUCUUGGGUGUUUUGACAGGUCACGGCAGGGGCGGUGAUUAUGGUGAAAUGGACAAAAUGGAGGAGGAUCCUUGUGAAAGAUGGAUAAGAUGCAAGGAUAAGCUGCAAAAGGCUUUCCUCGGCCCCCUGGGAGCACUGCCAUCAUGCCCAUGUCGCUAUCCCAGCGCGAUAUUCUAUGAUGACAAGAUAUGGGACCAGGGUCAAGGGAAAUAUUUCAGGUGGCGGGAUGUGAGUGGGGAGGCGGAGCGCCUGGAUGUAUACAAGCCCGGCGCCAUGUACUGUGUCCGUUCAUUGCUCGUCCCGGGCAGCGCUUCACUGGCGGCGCAACAUUGUUGCUAUGAUAGGUACAGAAGGCUCUUAACCCGGGGUUCUGGCGCAGGUACCCCGGAUUUUGUGAGCCCAGAAGUGUCAGUUUCACUGCAUGAGAAGAUUGACAUUCUUCCCUGGAGGCUUUGCAAAGGCGACUUCACCAGGUACAACAGAGUUCGGCCACCAAAUAAUGGAAAUAACUGUACAGCAAAUCCCAGUGAAGAAGAAUUCCUACAACAAGUCCAAAAUGCGCAGUACUUUUAAAAUUUGAGUGUCAUGCGAUUUAAAACGUAAUUCUCAUUUUGUUCUUAAAGAUUACUUGUUACAGCCAAACAGAAAAUUCUUUCUUCUUCUAGAAUAUCCGUACCUAAAUUUCAGUCUAAACCAUACUGAAAUAUCAGUUACUCUGGUAACUGGAUAUUUUCAUUGUACAGGAGGUCAACUCACUAUUUUAGUUUUUAGUGUGUUUUCAUGAUGUACCUGGUUGGAAUGUUGGCCAGUCUAUGUCCUUAUUUCAUUUUUAUUUUUCUCACCUUAUUCCUGAGAUUUUGUAUUUUUAGUUCAUCAAGAAAUAUUUAAUUUAUUUUAUUUAAUGAAAUAUUACAAGUGUAUUAAAUAUAUUUCACCUUCACUGUACUUUCCUUUCCUUCUCCCAUGCAGACUGUCUGCUAUACUGAGUGGCGUUCAUGUUUCAGCCUUCUCUUUCCACCCUUACGGAAACAUUUUCAUUAAUACUGUGGCGUACAGAUCUGUUGCUAGUCAGUAACUCUGUAAACAGCGACCUUUUCUGGGCAACAGCUAGGUAAGCAUGGUUCCAUUGCUAGGAAGCAGAUUCUUAAUAAUGCAACAGUUGGACUACAACAGUGGAAGUGAGGUGUUUUCUAUGUGGUCUGUGCCGAGAUGUUAUCAGCAAGGGACAAAGUUAGUUGAGAGUUCAGUUAAGUUCCAUAUGGGAGGCUUUGGAGAUAGGGCCUCAGCAUGUGAAACUGAAGAAUCUCCAGUGUUGUAAGCCAUUGCCAGGGUAAGGCUGGUGAAGACAGCUGGCUGAAAAAGGCUUAGCGGGUGCUGAGGUUAUUUGUGAAUUUUGGAGCUUAGCGGUGGCGCUGUUCUUACUUUGACUUAUGAGUGUGUGCAUAACUGGUCAAUAAAUCCAUUCACCAAUCCAAACACCAUCUAUAGUCAUCCCUAUGUGUGACAAUAUGCUAUAUCAGUGAUGCCUAAAUUGUGCCCCGCAGAACUCUGAUUCCCAUGAGAUAUUACCAAGUGUUCUAUUGAUUAAGUUCUGUCAUGUUGUUCAAGAAGUGAGUUAAGAUUUCAUGUAAAGAAUUUUGAUUUAAUCAUUACAGACAUUAAAAUGAAAACUGAUAUAAAUGUAUUAAUUUAUAUUAACAUGAAAUUAAUAUUAUCAGUGCAAUUUUUUGUCAUUAAUACAGACAGCUAAUUUAAUCUAAGACUUUUAUUUCACUAGGGAAUCAUCAAUGAAAGCUAUAAUUAUUGACUUUCUGGACAUUAUCCAUCAUUCUAUUUAUUUAUUUAAAAACGUUUCAAGGGAAUGACUCUGUCCCCACUGUUAGGUAAAAGCCUGUUCAAUUGGGCCCAAUCAAUAGAGCUAGUCCCUAUUUCCGAAGGUCUGGAAAUAGGAACUAGCUCUAUUGAUUUGGCCCAAACAAGUAGCCUUUUACCUGAGGACAGAGACAGAGCCCAGUC